UAGGUUUUCGCAUUGUCCAGUUGACAUCGCGGACAAUCUCCGACAGUUGGAACAAGUUAUUGGGCUUGGACUUUGGAGCUUUUGAUCGCUGCGCUCUAAAAUAUUAGGUCUGCCCCUGACCGAUACCUUGUCUCUCAAAAUCCCUCCCCGCUUCUCUUCCACAAGCCCAAAAGGCAAAAGCAAGGAGGAACCAGAGGGAAUCAGCGAGUGAAAGCCGCGUAGAGAGGGAGAGAGAUGGCCGCGGCUUCUUUUAGGUGGCUGUUGCAGCUACACAAGGACGUGCCUAGAGCAGCUCGUUUCUACUCCGAAGGAUUGGAUUUCACAGUAAAUGUGUGCACUCUUCGCUGGGCCGAACUUCAAUCCGCCUCUCUUAAACUCGCCCUCAUGCAGUCUCCCAAUGACCAUAUUGUGCAGAAGGGAUAUUCUUCCAUGCUAUCAUUUACGGUGACUGAUAUUAAUAGUACAGUGGCAAAACUAAUGGCCCUGGGUGCUGAACUAGAUGGCCCAAUCAAGUAUGAAAUCCAUGGAAAGGUAAUCAGCUUAAUGUCUAGACAUGUACAAAAAUCUUUGUGUCUAAUUAUAAUAGGCAUACAGACAUCAUACAUAUUGUUUUUAUCAGGUUGCGGCCAUGCGAUGUCUGGAUGGCCAUGUAUUGGGCCUUUAUGAACCUGUAUAGGAGCUCCAUAUACAAGUUAUUUUCACAGGGAAAACCAGUGUAGUGGCUGCCGGCAGCACUUACGGCGAUGUCUUCAACUUUCCUUCUUUACAUGGAGAAGACGUAGGAAACUUUCCCAUUCUUUGGAUUUCCCUCAAUAAUUGUUAGCGUUUGGUCAUCCAGAUCUAUCAGAGCCGUGCAUAGGGUGUAAAGGGUUGGACCUAAAAAUAUAGCGAAUGUUAAGUAUAGAACUAUUGAAGAUGAAAAGUAUUCAAAUUAUUCCAGGACUACCUGUCAUGUAAAUUGGGUAUCUAUUGUCUUCCAUAUCACCGAGAAGUGACAGGAAAUCAUCUUUUGUUUCUUUUGGUAGUACAGUUGCUCUUUCUUGCCUGCU